AUGGGGUGGUCCGGAAUUUAGUAGGCUGUACUAAAUUCCGUACUUUUUUUUACCGUCAAAAUGACUGAGAAAAAAAAUGUACUUUUUGUUUACGGAAAAAAAAUACAUCAUAAAAUUUUUGUACUUUUUCUAGGAUGGGAUAAAAUAGUACAUAGUUUUAGAAAACCAUCAAAACGGGGGUAAAAAAGUACACAUGGCAAAAAACUCGUUAAUAGAGGCAGGUACAAAUAAGCUAAGAAAAUAGAAUAAUUAAAUUAAUAAAAGUGUAUAAUGUUGUAUAUUUUCUUAAAUAUAAUAAUAAAUAUGAAUAGAUUAAAAGAACUGUGCAGUGUCUUAGACAAUAUAUAUUUUUUUUGAUUGUAUUUUUUUUUUUAAAAAAAUAUUAGUAAAAAAGUUCACUAUAAUUUUUGUAUAUAUUGUAUCGAUAACGAUCUAUUAUUCAAAAUCAUUCAUAAUAAGACUAAAGUAUUAUAAUCGUGAAGUAAUAUCUAAUAGCAUGAUUAAAUGUUUAAAGGUAUGCACGGAAUGCAUAGCUACAGUUUAUUUUAAAAAACUAAAAAACUUACGUAAAAAAGUACAAAAAUUUUUUUGUACUAAAAAUUCCAGUAAAAAAGUACAUGUACUUUGUUUUGUACUAAAAAUUUCAGUAAAAAGUACAUGUAUUUUUUUUUAUACGGAAAAAAGUAUAUGCUUAAAAAAAUCAAUUAAAAAAAAAGUACUAUUAAAAAUUAAUAAAUUAUGGAAAAAUAAUUUAAAUAAUAUUUAAAUAAAACAUAUGAGAACGCAUUUUCUAUGUUCUACUGUAUAUGAUUUAACAUCACAAUUAGCCAAUACUACUGAAAAAUACUACUGAAGAAUACUACUAUAAAAACACUUCCUUAAUUUUUUAAAUCUAUAAUAAAAUAAAUAUAUGCAGAGUGAAAAAUUAGAACAAAUUGAAGCAGAAGAUUCAUCAAGUAGUUCAUUAGGAGCAGCUUACUUACGUGAUAAAUUUGAAGCUUUUGAAGAUGAAAUUUUUUCUGAGAAUUGAAGUGAAAUAUACGAAUUCAAUAGAAAAGAUAAUACGCCUCCUAUUGGAUCAAUAUCCAAAUCUCAUUGAUCAAAUCAAAUUACACCAUUAAAUUUAUUUAGGGCCAUUUUUUCAAAGAAGAAUUUAUUAUUGAAAUAAUCAAGAAGUGAAUGUUUAUGCAGAAGCUCUUUCAGAAAGUAAAAAAGUAUAUGGUGUCAGUAACUGCUCAAGAACUUGAAAAAUAGAUUGGGAUAUAGUUAUUAUGAUGGAUCUAAUAAAAGCUCCCAAGCAUAAGGAUUAUUGAUCUAUAGUCCCUCUUUGCAAAAUUUGGUAAUAUCUGAGUCAUAAAAUCUAGGAGAUUCCAAGACAUAAGUCGUAUGCUAAAUAUAUUUUACAAUUUAGAAAUAUUCAGCGCCAACUAUUCUAUUGACAAUUAUUAUGGAAAUAGAGUUUCGCAUAAACUAAUUAAAAAUCUCCCAGAUAAUUCACAGAGAUAUUAUUAUUUUUUGACGCUGGUAUUCAAGCAUUGAACUCCUCACUUCUAUCUUCAGCCUUAGUUUUGCUGCAACUGACUCAAUUAAUAAAAGCAGAAAAGUCCUUCCUAUAGCUCAUAUUAGCAAAAAAUAAAAAAUGCAGGCUUGUUUAAGAAUCUCCAGAGGAAUGAAGUCAAAGUUUGCAUGCAGUUAUUACUGGGAAACUUCUGAAUCUGUAAGCAAACGAAGGAGGAGACUGAAUACUGCUGCUGCAAACGCAAGAAGCCACUUAAUCAAUAAAAAAUUACUUGUUUAAAAAUUUUUACCAAGCAAGGGUUUAAGCGUAGUCCAAAUAAAUCAAAUGAAGCUGGAAUAAAGCUAAUAAAACGUAAUAGAUAAAUAAUAUUUAUGAACUCAUGUACAGUAGAACAUAGAAAAUGCGUUCUCAUAUGUUUUAUUUAAAUAUUAUUUAAAUUAUUUUUCCAUAAUUUAUUAAUUUUUAAUAGUACUUUUUUUUUAAUUGAUUUUUUUAAGCAUAUACUUUUUUCCGUAUAAAAAAAAAUACAUGUACUUUUUACUGAAAUUUUUAGUACAAAACAAAGUACAUGUACUUUUUUACUGGAAUUUUUAGUACAAAAAAAUUUUUGUACUUUUUUACGUAAGUUUUUAAGUUUUUUAAAAUAAACUGUAGCUAUGCAUUCCGUGCAUACUUUUAAACAUUUAAUCAUGCUAUUAGAUAUUACUUCACGAUUAUAAUACUUUAGUCUUAUUAUGAAUGAUUUUGAAUAAUAGAUCGUUAUCGAUACAAUAUAUACAAAAAUUAUAGUGAACUUUUUUACUAAUAUUUUUUUAAAAAAAAAAAUACAAUCAAAAAAAAAUAUAUAUUGUCUAAGACACUGCACAGUUCUUUUAAUCUAUUCAUAUUUAUUAUUAUAUUUAAGAAAAUAUACAACAUUAUACACUUUUAUUUAAUUUAAUUAUUCUAUUUUCUUAGCUUAUUUGUACCUGCCUCUAUUAACGAGUUUUUUGCCAUGUGUACUUUUUUACCCCCGUUUUGAUGGUUUUCUAAAACUAUGUACUAUUUUAUCCCAUCCUAGAAAAAGUACAAAAAUUUUAUGAUGUAUUUUUUUCCGUAAACAAAAAAAGUACAUUUUUUUUUCUCAGUCAUUUUGACGGUAAAAAAAAGUACGGAAUUUAGUACAGCCUACUAAAUUCCGGGUCACCCAUUAAAAUGGCCAUCAUCCUUGACUCGAUUAUUGUGACUAUUGACUCUACAGUAAUUGUGUUCGUUAUGAUAUUUUUUGGAGUGUUAUUAACCAGGUUAAAAGUACAUUUUAUAUAGAUCCUCACAAUAGAAACAUCAAAUAGAAUUUCAAAGCUGGUCAUAAAUUUGAUUUUACCUUGCUUAUAUUAAGCCCUUUUUAUCUAAUUUUAAAAAUUUUAUUUUUGAGAGAUAAAUCAUUAUUUAUUCCCAAAAAAUAAUUACCUUCUCAGUAUCCUAGCAUUAAUUUAACAAAAUUAAUCAUAUUUUGUGACAUGAUAAAAUCAGUAACCAUUUCUGAACUGGAAAAUUUUGGAAUUAUUUUCAUAUUUGCCACUUGUAAAAUUUUAUUUAGUCCAUAUGUUUGCUGGCUCAGGAAUCGGGUGACUUUUAGGCACCCUAACAAACGCAAAUAAUGAAAUUAAAAAAUUAAUGAUGUGCUGUAUAGGUGUUCAGGAAACUUUAGCUUUUUCAUUAGUUUAUGCAAAUGUGCUGGGAGAAAGCAGCGUUGUGACUGAGAGUCAUUUUAAAAAUCGUGCGGUUACCGAUGUAUUAGUGUAUACAGUCUUUAUAACAAUAUACAAAUGAAUAAUUGCAUAUGGGUAAAAUAUAUAUAGGAUGCUUAAAAAAGAGGAUCAAGAUAAUAACAUUGAAUCAGAGCUUUUAGAUAUGACAGAAAAAAAUGAAAAAAUUUUAGUAAAAAGAGAAGAUUGGAUUUAUAAAAUAAAAAAUAUUAUGAAUCCGCCGAUAUAUGUAGCUAUUAUUGCUAUAAUUUUAGCACUGAUUCCUUAUAUGAAAGAAUAUGUGAUAUCUGGGUCAGGCUCAGUAUUGAAAAAAAAUGUAUUUUCAGCCGUUCAAGAUACAGGGGCAAUGACAACUCCAUUAAUUUGUAUUAUUUUAGGUUCAAAUCUAAGUGAAGGAUAUCCUCCAACAGCUGACAUAAAAUGGUGGCUUUUAUAUAGAAUUCAUAUCUGGAUGAUAAAUUUGGGGAAAUUAAUUAUCAUGCCAUUAAUAGGAAUUUCAAUGUUCACAUUAUUUUACACAAUUGGAUUUAUAGUAAAAAAUAUAUAGGACAGGAUUUUAGCUAUUAUGAUGAUAGCCGUUUAUGCAGCUCCAACUUCAAAGCAAAUUUUGAUUAUUUGCACAAAUCAUGGUAAUCAAGUAGAAAAUAUAUCAAAAAUUUACUUGAUCCAGUAUAUGAUAGUAGCAUUGCCUUUGUCUAUAUUUAAUGUAGUGUCCAUAUAUGUUUGAUAAUAUGAAUUUAUUGAUUGAUUAGUUAUAUUAAGAAUGCUGUGCUAUUAUGCAGACAGGUAUAUAUAGGGAAUUCAUUAGAAUUGCCCGGAAAGGGCAGUCAUUGGAAAGGGAAACUCUCCAGUUGGCUUGGCCAAUCUGAGCUAGAGAGUUUCCCUCUCCAAUGACUGCCCUUGCCGGGCGAUUCUAGGGAAUUACCUAUAUUUUAUAUGGAAGCGAUUAG